UGAUGGCUGGAUCAACGGCUGGGGAUGGAGAUACUGACGAGGCGACCGGCUCCCCAUUCCCAGGACCGAUGUGUUGACCUGCACUGCAGCUGCGCAGGUGCAGAUUUCCCCUCCCUCCCUCCGGCCGGAUCGGAGAGCGCUCCGCCCGUCGCCUAGGGUUUCUCCCAAAAACCUCGGCCGCGGCCAUGGCCAAGACCAAGCAGGGCAAGCGGGACGUCGAUUCCUACACCAUCUCCGGCACCAACAAGGUCGUCCGAGUGGGGGACUGCGUGCUGAUGCGGCCGGUCGACUCGGACAACCAGCCGUACGUGGCGCGGGUGGAGAAGAUGGAGCUGGAUGGGCGGGGCAGCGUCCGGGUGCGGGUGCGGUGGUACUACCGCCCCGAGGAGUCCAAGGGCGGGAGGAGGCAAUUCCACGGCGCCAAGGAGCUCUUCCUCUCCGACCACUUCGACAUGCAGAGCGCCAACACCAUCGAGGGCAAGUGCGUCGUCCACUCCUUCAAGAACUACACCAAGCUCGACAACGUCGGCCCCGAGGACUUCUUCUGCCGCUUCGAGUACAAGGCCGCCACGGGGGCAUUCACCCCUGACCGCGUCGCCGUGUAUGGAGCCUUCUUGAUCUUUUGCCCGUUGAAUGUUGAUUGUUCAUUUUUCCAUGGAAUGUUGAUUGUUGAUUGUCUCUUAUGUGUUUCUUGUUUUUUCUCAAGGUAUUGCAAGUGUGAGAUGCCGUACAACCCGGACGAUCUCAUGGUGCAGUGCGAUGACUGCAAGGAUUGGUUUCACCCUUCAUGCAUGAGCAUGACGAUUGAGCAGGCCAAAAAACUAGAUCACUUUGUCUGCUCAGACUGUGUCAAGGAAAAUGGUACAAAGAGACCUUCUCAUGCAUAUGCAGGUUCUGCAAAGUAUGAACCCAAGGCUGAGUCAAAAAGGCAGAGGAGGUGAAAACUCAUGACUGGGUAACAUAUGCUGCUGAGGAGGAUACCUUCUGCUUCCGUGACAAACCAUCCCUUCCUUUCCAUGGCGAAGGUUGUGGUGUACAGUUUGCAAGAGAACCCAAGGCGUUUGCAGAACUUGGCCUUCGCCGCCUCUUAGCCUAUCAAAAACAUUAUGUUGUGCCUGUUAGGGAAAACGGUUUCAGCGCAGCCUUGUCGUCUCUUCGGGCAGCUCUGCUGAACUGGUCGUUUGGUUAGGGGGAGAGAAAGAACACCAACGCCUUUGGUGGUGAUUGACUUGUAGCCUUAGCUCGCUCCUUGUGCCCGUGUGUGCGUGUUAAUUCCUGUCAGCAACAUUUCCCCAGUGAGAUGUGUGAGCCCUUGUGAGGCUGUGACUGAUGAUUGAUAAUUUCCCAUGUAGCUCUCUGGCUUCCUGAUAGUCUUUACUGCAGCGCCAUACAUGCCGCUGCUGAUGGCUGGGAUUGUUGCGCUCCUUUUCUUUAUGGUUUCUGCUGGGGAGUCACUA